AUGGGCACCAUUAUUGAAAAAGGAUUGCAUGCUGAGGAUCAAACAAGUGGUUCUUCUGGAAUGGCCUUCACUUUUGCUGCCUUUGCUUAUCUCAUCGCAUUAACUGCUGUGGCGUUUUGUAUAUUCUUCGCCAUAUAUACGGUGGUCUGUAUUGAUGAGCUGAAAACGGGCUAA